AUGGCACCCACGGCCACCGACACCGAGUGGGAUCACCAGUUCAACACUCUGCGCCGUGAAAACCUCUUCCGAAACCCUCCCACGGAUCACAGCGCCUAUCCCGCACUUCAAAUAGCCGUUAACCCUCACAUCGAGUCCUUCAAUGCUAUCUUUCGUGACGAUGGCGAGCCUAGUCUGUUGACGCAUGCCAUAGCCGACAUUGGCACCAAAACUUUCCUCGAUGGCGAUGACCGCGCCCCUUCAGAUGGGAAGAACACCCUCACUGUUCGAUACAAGGACGUCUUCCUACAGAAGCCUCAGGUCCCCCCUUCUAAUAAGCUGGCCCGGAACCGCCAGGUUUUCCCCGCCGAGUGCAGAGAGCGUCAUGCCACAUACCGGGGAAGACUCUCGGCCACCCUCGAGUACCGCAUCAACGGCGGUGACCCAGUCGAAUUCACCCGAGAAUUCGGCCAGGUUCCUGUCAUGAUCAAGUCAAACAGAUGUCAUCUCGAGGGCCUCUCACCCGCGCUCCUCGUCCAGAGAAAAGAAGAGGCCGAGGAGCUUGGAGGCUAUUUUAUUGUGAACGGUAUCGAGAAAGUCAUUCGAAUGCUGCAGAUGAAUAAGCGAAACUUCCCCAUGGCCAUCAACCGACCCAGUUUCCAGAACCGUGGUGCUGGUUAUACUCCCUAUGGUAUUAUUCUCCGUGCACUCCGUCCCGACGAGACCUCUCAGACCAACGUUCUUCACUACCUCAACGACGGCAACAUGACCUUCCGUUUCUCCUGGCGCAAGAACGAGUACCUUGUCCCUGUUAUGAUGAUUCUCAAGGCCUUGAUUGAGACCAACGACCGCGAAAUCUUUGAGGGAUUGAUUGGUCCUGCUGGUUCCAAGGCAGCCGGAAAUACCUUCCUGACGGACCGAAUUGAGCUUCUGCUACGCACGUACAAGUCCUACAACCUUUACAGCAAGUCAGAGACAAGGGCCUUCUUGGGUGAGAAGUUCCGAGUCGUUCUUGGAGUUCCGGACACUAUGACCAAUUAUGAGGUCGGUACUGAGUUUUUGCGCAAAAUUGUUCUGGUUCACCUCGGCAACGUUGAUGUCACCGAAGAACAAGACAACGAGAAGUACAAGCUUCUUCUCUUCAUGAUUCGAAAGCUGUACGCUCUUGUCGCCGGAGAGUGCGCUGUCGACAACCCUGAUGCUGUUCAAAACCAGGAGAUUCUGCUUGGUGGUUUCCUUUACGGACAAAUCCUCAAGGAAAGACUCGACGAGUUCCUCAGCGUCAACGUCCGCGCAUCUCUACGAGAAUACCUCCGAAGGAACCCCGGCAUUCCAUUUACUUCUGAGGAAUUCCGCAAGGAGUUUCCUAACAACAUUUUCCGCAAGGCCAAUGAAAACCUGGGCAAUGCGCUGGAAUAUUUCAUGUCAACUGGUAAUUUGCAGAGUCAGUCAGGUCUCGACUUGCAACAAACAGCCGGUUUCACAGUCGUGGCCGAAAAGCUGAACUUCACGCGAUUCAUUAGUCAUUUCCGUAUGGUCCAUCGUGGCGCCUUCUUCGCCCAAUUGAAGACAACAGCCGUACGAAAGCUGCUUCCAGAGUCGUGGGGUUUCUUGUGUCCCGUCCACACCCCUGAUGGUUCUCCAUGUGGAUUGCUCGUCCAUCUUGCUGCGAAAUGUUUGAUUCAAACAUCACAUGCCGACGUAUCCCACAUCACCACUCUUGCUGCCGAGCUUGGAAUUGUUGAUGCCUCGACUGCUUCAACUGAUGAGAACGUUGUUGUAAUGCUUGACGGCAAGAUUCUUGGAUACUGUACUCCCAAAGAGUCUAUCAGAAUUGCUGAUUGCCUUCGAUACUGGAAGGUGGAGGGUACCCACGGAGUUCCCCUUGAACUCGAAAUCGGCUACGUACCUCCCUCCAGGGGUGGAUCUUAUCCCGGUAUCUACAUGGCUUCCACGCCUGCGAGACUGGUGCGCCCUGUAAAGUACCUUCCUCUGCAGAAGCAGGAUCUUGUCGGACCAUAUGAACAGCCUUAUAUGUCUAUAGCUGUUGUACCAGAGGAAAUUGAGUCCGGCACGUCAACCCAUGUGGAGUUUGACCCUACCAACAUUUUGUCAAUUCUUGCCAACAUGACCCCUUUUUCGAAUUUCAACCAGUCUCCACGCAAUAUCUACCAGUGCCAAAUGUCAAAGCAAACGAUGGGAACGCCUAGUACUGCUUCGAUGUAUCGAACUGACAACAAAAUAUAUCAAAUUACCACAGGGCAAAGCCCAGUCGUUCGUUCGCCUCGGCAUAAUGAAUAUGGCUAUGACAACUUCCCGAACGGCUUCAACGCCGUUGUGGCUGUCAUAUCCUAUACUGGAUACGACAUGGACGAUGCUACAAUUCUCAAUAAGAGCGCUCACGAGCGAGGUUUUGGCCAUGGCACUAUCUACAAGACGAAGAAGAUCUCACUUAAGGACGACUCUCGAACAAAAGCUACCAAGAGCGUCACCAAGGCCUUUGGGUUUGCGCCUCAUAGUUACGUGAGUGCCCAGUACCAGGGCAUGUUGGACGACGACGGUUUGCCCCAUGUUGGUCGUCUGAUCCAGGAGGGAGACGUCAUCUGCGCCUGGCACACUGUAACUCCCGAUUACAAUGGUAAACUUGUGAACCUCGACGGCAUUACUCAUUACGAGAAGUACAAGGACUCGGAAGACGGUUUCGUGCAAGAGGUCAGAUUACUGGGGGCCGAAUCAGGCAACGAAAUCUUGCAAGCCAUCUCUGUCAAAUUCCGAAUUCCUCGAUCCCCCAUUGUUGGUGAUAAGUUCUCGUCACGACACGGACAGAAGGGUGUUGCCUCACAAAAGUGGCCAACAAUGGAUCUGCCAUUCUCCGAGACCGGUAUCUCUCCUGAUAUUAUUAUUAACCCGCACGCAUUUCCGUCCCGGAUGACCAUCGGCCAGUUCGUUGAGUCGCUAGCAGGCAAGGCUGGUGCACUGCAUGGUCUCGCCCAAGACUCCACACCUUUCAAGUUUGACGAGCAAAACACCGCCGGAGAUUACUUUGGCCACCAGUUGAUGAAGGCCGGAUAUAACUACCACGGCAACGAGCCCAUGUACUCAGGUAUAACUGGAGAGGAGCUUCAUGCGGACAUCUACAUCGGAGUCGUUUACUACCAGCGGCUGCGCCACAUGGUCAACGACAAAUAUCAGGUGCGAACUACAGGUCCUGUCGUGCCCACGACUGGCCAACCCAUUAAGGGUCGAAAGAGAGGUGGUGGUAUUCGUGUGGGAGAAAUGGAGCGUGAUGCUCUUUUGGCACACGGAACUGCAUUCCUGCUCCAGGAUCGUUUGCUUAACUGUUCCGAUUACUCUAAAUCGUGGAUCUGCCGCCGAUGUGGUUCGUUCCUUUCUGUACAACCCACAGUGUCACAGUUUGCACAAGGCAAAAAGAAGGCCCCAAGCAUCGUACGUUGCCGCGCUUGCGCAAUCAAGCUGGAUGACUCGGAGGGCAUCGACCUUACCGAGAUCUCUGGGGAGAUGUGGGAAGAUGGUCACGGCAACUCCUGGGUUGGUGGCGACCAAACUACGCAGGUCGUUGUGCCUGGUGCGCUCAAGUAUCUGGACGUGGAGCUUGCUGCAAUGGGUGUCAAGCUCAAGUACCGCGUGGACCGUAACGAUGAGCCUAGAAAGGGUCCCAUGAAACCUAUGGCAUUGGAUGGCGUUCGGGUUGGAAAAUAG